UCCUUCAAAUAUUCGUUUUGUUAUUACCACUGAUUGAUUGAAAAAUGUUUUGGAAAAUUUGUUUAGCGAUCAGUUUCAUUGCUGUACUGACCAAUGCUCAGCAACAAGAACAAGAACAAUUUCUCGGUGAUUUACCCAGCUAUGAUCAUGGUGUUAGUGGUAAAGUUUAUGCAAUUAAUGAUCGAACAAUAAUCCUACGAAAUCUAAAUUAUGAUGGUCAAGCACCGGAUGCUUUUUUCUGGAUUGGAACAACAAAAAAACCCGGUGUAACUGGUCAACCAAUUCCCGAUGAAAAUGGUUCAUUAAAACCAUUGAAAGGUUAUCGUAAUGCAAAUAUUACAUUACAAUUACCAGCAGGUAAAACGCUUCGUGAUAUAAAACAUUUUGGUAUUUGGUGUCGAGCAUAUCAAAUUGAUUUUGGUCAUGUUAAAAUUAAUUAAAAAUUAAAAAAAAAAUUAAAUUUCAUUGAAAAUUUGAUUAAUUUACAAUAAAAGAAAUGAAUAAACAUU